GGAAAAUGGAUUUUAAGAGCGUCCUUGACUGGAAUUGAAGUUUAUGCCAAUCAACUUACAAGUAUAGGUAUUAUAUUAUUAAUGUACUCAGGUUGUUUGGGUUCAUUUUACCGUCCUUGAGAGAGAGAAUUAGAUUUUUGAUCGACGACCCCGCUCUAAUUCAUCGCCUGUUCCCGAGGAUACACAAUGGUACAAGUAAUAUGGUCGGUUUACGCUAUCUUAAUUUUUGUCCGAGAAGUCCUUACCAUAGAGCUGACCUGUGGUGUAAGAUGGGAAAGCUUUGGCAAUUCGUGUUAUUUGUUCGUGCGGCAGGAAAGAAAAAAUUGGGAAGACGCUCGUUCGCAUUGCUUAAUGAAAGGUGCAGAUUUAGUUUCUCUGACAACUGAAGCCGAGAUUCGCUUUUUGUAUGAUCAUACGUGGUAUAUCAAUAAAGAUAUUUGGAUUGGACUGAAUAAAAUCAACAGAACGAAAUUAUCGAGCGACAGAGCAUGGGUUUGGAGCAAUGGGGAUAAACGUACCAUCGUAAAAUGGUCUAAAAAAGAACCAAAUGAUUUAAAAGACCAGCACUGCGUUGAAAUAGAAGAAGGGUCAAUGUUUUGGAGGAAUCAGGAAUGCGAUAAAAAGCGAGCGUGGAUAUGUGAGAAAUCAAAACGCAUCAAUAAUCCUUUUCCGUCAUUGCAGAAACUCAAAGCGCUUCUUCAGUUUGAAACAACCAAAGAAAAUACAACUAAAGCAUUUAGGAUAACAACGUCAACAAAAAAAUACACCAAUAUCCAAGAAUCGUUUAUGUCGUCAACGCAAAAAGUGUUUCCCAAGAUUGUGCCAACUAAAGAAAGUACAACUAAAGGUCAAACUACAUUCGAGAAUCCAAGCGUAUUUUCCGUGAGAACAGCUCUUUACAUAUUCCUUCCCAUCGUUCUGUUGGCAUUGAUAAUUGUCAUAAUCGUAAUUGUGCGCACGAAAAGACUGAGAUCCAGCAAAAGAAAGGCUUCAAAGCAGGACCAUCGAGACGACGGCCAAAAAAUAUCUAAAAAAGACUUGGGCGGACAAACUGACUCGAAUCCCACGAUUAUCGAUGAUGCCGGAUAUGCACAAUUACAUCACAAUCGGGAGCCAGAAAACGCUUACGCAUCCCUGAACCUUUAUGAGACCCCAGAUGUGGAUUAUAAUGGCCCUUACGUGAUUUCCAACGAUAGUCAUAAUAACUAUAUAAAUGAACCAAAUAUAUCCGCACCUCUUCGUAACCAGCGUUCUUCGUAUGUGAUCCCCUCAGCAGAUUAUGGCUAA